GUGAGAUGUAUGUUGAACAUCUGGGGUGUGAUGCUGUUCAUCCGUCUGUCCUGGGUGUUUGGACAGGCCGGCUGGGGUCUGGGCAUUGUGGUCAUUGCUCUGAGCUGUGUGGUGACCACCGUCACAGGUCUCUCCAUGUCUGCUAUCUGCACCAAUGGAGUGGUACGAGGAGGAGGGGCGUACUACCUGAUAUCACGUAGUCUGGGACCAGAGUUUGGCGGUUCCAUCGGUCUCAUCUUCGCCUUCGCUAACGCUGUUGCCGUGGCGAUGUACGUGGUGGGCUUCGCAGAGACUGUGGUGGACCUACUCAAGGAAAACGAUGCCAUCAUGAUAGAUGAGCUGAAUGACAUUAGGAUCAUCGGCUGUAUCUCGGUGGUACUGCUGCUGGGGAUCUCAGUGGCCGGGAUGGAGUGGGAGGCCAAGGCCCAGGUCGGUCUGCUGAUCAUCCUCCUGGUAGCCAUCGCCAACGUCUUCGUAGGAACCGGCAUCCCAGCCUCCACCGACAAGAAGUCCAAAGGAUUCUUUAACUAUGAUGCCAAAAUAUUUAUGGAGAACUUACCGCCGGACUUCCGAGGUGAGACGUUCUUCUCUGUGUUUGCCAUCUUCUUCCCUGCUGCCACGGGUAUCCUGGCCGGAGCUAACAUCUCUGGAGACCUGAAGGAUCCCCAGGAUGCUCUCCCUAAAGGAACCCUGCUGGCCAUCCUCAUCACCGGAGUCACAUACCUGGGAGUCGCCCUCUGUGUCUCUGCCACGGUGGUGCGUGAUGCAACAGGAAACAUCAACGACACCAUUACCACAGGGAUGAACAUGUUCUGUAACGGUACCAACACUGCUGCCUGUGAGCAGGGAUGGAACUUCUCCUCCUGUGAUGUCAACAGCUGCAAGUUUGGCUCCAUGAACAACUUCCAGGUGAUGACCAUGGUGUCAGGGUUCGGUCCUCUCAUCACAGCAGGAACCUUCUCUGCCACCCUCUCCUCCGCCCUCGCCUCCCUCGUCAGCGCACCCAAAGUCUUCCAGGCUCUGUGUAAAGACAACAUCUACACUGCACUGAAGUUCUUCGCCAAGGGACACGGCAAGAACAACGAGCCAAUCAGAGGCUACGUUCUGACCUUCAUCAUCGCUGUCGCCUUCAUAAUCAUCGCCGAUCUGAACGUCAUCGCUCCCAUCAUCUCCAACUUCUUCCUGGCAUCAUACGCCCUCAUCAACUUCUCCUGCUUCCACGCUUCAUACGCUAAGUCCCCAGGCUGGAGGCCAGCGUACAGGUACUACAACAUGUGGCUGUCUCUGUUUGGAGCGGUGCUCUGCUGUGGUGUGAUGUUUGUCAUCAACUGGUGGGCUGCUCUCCUCACCUACGCAAUCGAGAUCUCCCUCUAUGUCUACGUCACCGUCAAGAAGCCAAAUGUGAACUGGGGCUCGUCCACUCAGGCCGUGACGUUUGUCAGCGCAGUCAACAACGCUCUGUCACUGACCGGAGUAGAGGACCAUGUUAAGAACUUCAGACCUCAGUGUAUGGUGCUGACAGGAGCACCUAAGAACAGACCGGCCCUCCUGGACCUGGCUCAUUGUUUCACUAAGAACUACGGACUCUGUCUCACAUGUGAAGUCUUUGUGGGCCCCAGAACAGAGACAUUGACAGAUGUGAACGCUGGAAUGGAGAAGAACCAGAUGUGGCUGAAUAAGAGGAAGAGAAAAGCCUUCUAUGCUGCGGUGGCCUGUGACUCCUUCAGACAGGGAACUGAGAACCUCCUGCAGGCAUCAGGUCUGGGUCGUCUGAAACCCAACAUUCUGAUGAUGGGCUUCAAGAAGGACUGGAGGACAGCAGACACAGCCGGCGUACAGAGCUAUGUAGGAGUACUGCACGAUGCAUUUGACUUUGAGUACGGAACCGUGGUACUAAGGAUGAACCAGGGACUGGACAUCUCACACAUCAUAAAGGCUCAGGAGGAGAUGGAGAGAGAGGCCCAGGAGCAGAAGGAUCUGGAGAAAGAAGAGCUGGCUGAAGAGAAUAAGGGGAAAUCCAUCUUCAGGAAGUCACGGAACUUAUCUACACAAGGCCUCACUUCGAGAGCAUCAGUGACGACCCCCCAGUCUCCCCAAGUAGUGGUGGUGAAUGAAAGGCUGGUGUCCACCAGCACUCAGUUCCAGAGGAAACAGGGCAAAGGAACCAUUGAUGUCUGGUGGAUGUUUGAUGACGGAGGUCUAACCCUUCUGCUGCCCUACAUCCUGACCACACGUAAGAAGUUCAAGGACUGUAAGAUGAGGAUCUUCAUCGCUGGCCAGCCGGGACGUGUCGAGCAGGACAGACAUGAGAUGAAGUCUCUGCUGGAGAAGUUCAGGAUCAAAUAUGCAGACAUCUACGUCAUCGACGACAUCACCCAAAACCCCAACUCUAACAGCUGGAAGAUGUUUGAGGACAUGAUCGAGCCGUUCCGUCUUCACGAGGGGUCAAAGAGCACCACUCUGGCCGAGGCUCUGAGGAAAGACAACCCCUGGAAGAUAUCUGACGCCGAGCUGGACACCUUCGAGGAAAAGACCAACCUCCAGGUCAGGCUGAAUGAACUACUGCAGGAGAACUCCCGAGCUGCCAACCUCAUCAUAGUGAGUAUGCCCAUCGCCCGUCUAGGCUCAGUCUCUGACCACCUCUACAUGGCCUGGUUGGACAUCCUCACCAAGAACCUCCCUCCAACCAUGUUGAUCAGAGGCAACCACAAGAGCGUCCUCACCUUCUACUCAUAGACCAACCCUCUCAGCAGUCACUAAAUGGCCAUGCCACAAGGGACAACCAAGGCACGUUCAUCAAUAUCCAGGAGUUAGUUGCUAUCAGUUUAAAUGAAAAGGUGAUGGUUAGGGAUAAGGUUAUGGGAAAGGUUAAAGGUUAGAAAGUGAUGCUCUUCCGUCUUUUCUAGCAUGACCAAAUAGUGACGACGCAACACAGACAUAUGGACUCAGGGAUAUAUGGGCACAAGGACAAGACACUGCCUGGGAUGGGUCAGUUACACUGCCAGUGCCUAUGCUACACCCCGUUGGAUUGUACAUGUGGUGCAUAAUUAGGGGUCCAAGCCCUGAAUCGGGCCGGAAAACUCUUAUUAUUAUAUAUAUUAGUCAUGUAACUGAUGCUCUUAUCCAGAGCAACUUACAGUUAGUGUUAUUGUUAAGGAUAUUAUUAUUCUGACAUAUUAUUAUUAUUAUUCCAAGUUUAAGAGAGCUAUAGUUCGACCUACAGAGACCAAACUUGGAGGGAUGGUGUAAAUUGGUGACCCAAUACAUCUGGUAAAUCUUUGGUAUUUGACACAGAGUGGGACUGGGAUGUUAGAUAACAGACUGGUCCCAGGCUAGUUGGAGCCCCCUGCUGGCUACGCAUCUCAAUACGGUAUACUUUUUCCUUAAAUGUACACUUGUCCACUACCCACAUAGUGGUCCUCUGUAGCACAGUUGGUAGAUCAUGGUGCUUGCAAUGCCAGGAUAGUGGGUUCGAUUUUCGGGACAAUUCAUACUUAAAACAUUUUUGGCACGCAUGACAGUAAGUUGCUUUAGAUAAAAGUGUCUGAUAAAUGGCAUAAAUGAUAUUAUUCUAUAUUAUGAGAUUGGUGUAAGAGCAAGAGAUUGAGUCAAGACCAGAACCUGUAGUUCAUACAUACAGGCUCUUCCAUAGUCCUCAACCCUGAGGCCAGCAUGGGUUAGUGCCUUCGUAUUGUAAUACAUACAUGCCAACACAUGGCGGCCCAGGUUCAAAUCCCACCACUGCUGCUUUCAGAUAGACAUCCCUAGACAGUGAGGUAUUGUUGGUGAUGUGGCUGAAUUUGAUGACUUAAAUAAGGGUGAAAUAUUUGAGAAAGGGUAAAAAGGCUUGGGCCUGGGUCAUUGCUGCUAGCCUGUAUGUAUAACUCUUCUUCAUUUGGGGGAACAACAGAUGAUGUACACUGAGUACACAAAACAUUAAGAACACCUGCUCUUUCCAUGACAGACUGACCAGGUGAAUCCAUGAUCCCUUAUUGAUGUACCUUGUUAAAUCCACUUCAAUCAGUAUAGAUGAACGGGAGGAGACAGGUUAAAGAAGGAUUUUUAAGCCUUGUGACAAUUGAGACAUGGAUUGUGUGUGUGCCAUUCAGAGGGUGAAUGGGCAAGACAAAAGAUUUAAGUGCCUUUGAACAGGGUAUGGUAGUAGGUGUCAGGCGCACCAGUUUGUCAAGAACUGUAACGCUGCUGAGUUUUUCACACUCAACAGUUUCCCAUGAGUAUCAAAAAUGGUCCACCACCCAAAGGACAUCCAGCCAACUUGACACAACUGUGGAAAGCAUUGGAGUCAACAUGGGCAGGCAUUCCUGUGGAAUGCUAAUUGAUGCUGUUCUGCGGGCAACUCAGGAAGGUGUCCUUAAUGUUUUGUGCACUGUGUAUGUAGGCUAGUUUGCACAAAUAUUAUGGUGUUCUAGGAAAUGAACAUUAUAGCAAACAAAUUACCUAUGCAAAAAGUGAUCAAUAUACAAAUAAGUUUAAAAAAAAUUAUAUUCAAAACCUACUAGCGGCGUGGAUAACUUGAUAAAAAUAAAUAAGAUUAGUUUGAUACUGUAUAGAAUACUGUAUAAUACUUUGUAUAGAUGUGUAUAUUCCACACAAGUAGCUACUAGUUGAAUGAAUAGGGAAAUAAUGAAGGGAUCAUUUAAUACCUUAAUGCAUACACACACAGUGAUGAAAAUCUAUUAAACAGAACAGGAAAAUGUAAAUCAACGUAUGUGCUGUAUAUUUUCAAUAUAGAAAUGCUUGAUUUAUUUCUGUGUUUUAACCAUUGUCUUUUAUAAGACUCAGUCCUUAUCAUAUUUAACUGUAAUAUUUUAAUUAAUGUAUUAUGAAGAAGGAAUAAAAUGUUG